CGUGAUAUCCGUGACGGGCGCCACACAGUACCGGCCUACUUAAACUGCACCAAUUUUCUCUCGGCUCUUCCCACUCCUCUAGAAGAGCCCUCGAGACUCAAAAUAGCAGACUCCCCCCUUGACAUGGAAGUGUUCCCACAACAAGUGUUCCCACAACGAUUUCGAGAGCCACUACUUCACAAACAUGGCCCUUCUAGCCGCCUCGCGAACCGCUCCGACCGUCUCCCUCAGCCAACGGUCUGAUGUGAUCUCCACGAUUUACCCACUCGUUAACAGUGCGGUCCAGUUCCAGCACCUUAUCGGUUCUGCUGCCCUCCAUCUCUUCGUCCGAACCUACUUCGCCGCCACCAUCGUAGCCACGGCCUCUCUAUGGGCAAGCAAGAGCAUUGCUUGGAGGACGUUCCUCGCGUUAAGGAUCCUUGCUGUGAGGACCCUGUUUUUGACGGCGCGAUUGGCAUGGACGGCUUGGGACUCCAAGCGUUCUCGCCGAUUCCGAAAGAGGCUCGAGUUUGAGUUCUUCGUUUUACUCCUCGGGCCCGGUGGCAAUUCCUUGCUGCUGAUGCUCUUCUGGCCCGGCUGGCUCAUGCUGGCCGCCGUGGGUUGGGGCGUCUGGCAGUUCACUGGCUGAACCCUAGGCCAGUCGUUCGAACGAAAACCUGAACCGGACAGCCCUGCCGCC